AUGGCAGACACUCGGGCCCGCCCAGAAGAACUUGGAGAGGGACUAAGCGAGGAGCAACAAGUGGAGAAGUACGGAGAGGGCGAAUCCGCGCCACAGCCACCGGAAGAGGCGGUCAACGCGAGUCCAUCGAUCUCCCAGGCCGCAGUGACGGUAGGCGACGAGCACGAGGAUGAGGCCCCAGAAGAUCCGCUUCCACCGCCUGUCGUCGCCACCUGGAACGCGCACGUGCUGACACCUCACGCCAUCGCACAGCUCAAGGAGCGCACGGCCCAACACAAAGUCGACAUCUGGCUAGUGCAGGAAUGGCGGUGUCUGUCGUUCGGCUUCAACAAGGAAGCUGAAGCCUUGGUCGCGCCGCCUGGCUGGCAAACGAUCUCCGAUCGAGCGACAGCCGUCAUAGUCACAAACUCUAGGUGGCGAAUCAUCGACGAACACCACAGCGACUUCAGCUCUUUGGCGAUUGUCCAAUCUCCAACUGGGGUCACCUGGUCGUUCCUGAGCAUCUACCUGCCAGCUGACGUGACAAGGAGGAAUCGCCUACUCACGUGCCAACACACGUUCCGACGUCUGGUCCACCUAGACAAGCUGACGACGAGGUGCGUUGUAGGCGGCGACUUCAACAUCCACUCCGGACCGGAUAGCAUCGGUCACGGUUGGACGACAAUCUGCAGGAUCCUGGCGCCGCUGGAGGACGUGUUCACGACGCUGCAUCCGUUCUCGACGACGGGCACGUUCCUGGUCGAACGGAUGGGGACUUUCAAACGGCUCGACUACCUCUUCGCUCCCUUACAGGUGAUCGACUUUGUCAAGGAGGUUCUCACCCUCUCGCCUGGAGGCGCGUCGGACCACCACAUUGUCGUGCUCUGCCCGGUAUCAGAAGACGACGACGACGAGCAAGAGUCCUUCGCAUCCUUUCGAUCGUGGCGGCCAGACCCGCAAGUCUUGCGGCAGGAGGCCGAGCGAGAGCGCCUCUGGGCAUCCUCGGCCGCGCUCACGCUCGACCCACGAUGGGAGGACUGGCUCAAGGAAAUCGGCAGGAUCCGCGGCCAUCUGUUCAACCGCUCUCUGGCUCAGCCAUUCAAGGCGAUUCCUUCUCGCAAAGAGGUCUCCCUUCUGCGUGACCACUUGGACGCGUUUGUCAUCACAUCGGCCAGCGACAGCGAAGAGUACGUGGCGCUCAGCAACCUCUACCAGAUGGCCCGCGUCGCAGCGUUCCCGGAGGAGCGCCAGGACAUCCUGCGAGUCCAGCGCGAGCUGCCUACUUGGCCGACGGCGGAGACGCGCGUCGCAAGCGAAAGGCCUUCAUUGGCUGCUGACGAUGUCGUGACGUUCUACAAGGCGCUAUACAGCGAGAAACGGGCAGCUGACUCUGGCAUCCCUGCUGCCGCUGCGAAGCUGCUGGUUCGGCGUCGCAAGUGGCCGGACCCAGAGGCUCUCAAAGCCCCAUUCACCGCAGAGGAAGUCCGCAACGUGGUGGCCAAGGUGAAGCGAGGUACCUCUCCAGGGAACGCCGGCGUCCCAGUAACAGCGUACGCUUGUGCACCAGAGGAGUUCUUUGCGUUUGCGGCAGGGGUUGCCUCGUCACUGUUGCACUACGCCGUGGGUACCAGACCGACGAUUUUGGGCACUUUGGUGUUUAAGGCGAAGCCAGGCAACUCAAAGGACGUAGUGGCGCACUAUCGCCCGAUCAGCGUGUUGGACCUGGACCGCCGCAUCUUCCACGGGCUCCUUGCGGCACGUAUGUCGCCGCAGCUAGCGCUGAUCGUCCCUUCAACGCAGACGGGCUUCAUCCCAGGCCGAUCGAUCUCAAGCAACGUGGCGGCAAUCGCUCUCGUGGCCGAGGCGUGUGCGUUGGGCUGGCUGGACUCACCAGUCGUGGUGCUGGAACAGGACCAAGAGAAGGCGUAUGACAGAGUCGAGCACCGGUGGCGCGACCACGUUAUGCAGGACCUGGGCACGCCGCCAGAGGUCGUCCAGUACCUUCACAACCUGUACGACGGAGCGACGAUCCGCUUCCAGCUGGAUCAGCUCAGCGACCCCGUCGAGGUCAAGCGAGGCUUCCUGCAAGGAGCGCCAGACUCUUCGUUGUGGUACACGCUGACAUAUCAGCCCAUGCUCGACGCCUACGAGGCCAGCAAGACUGGGAUCGCUUUGCGCUUUGGUGACCAUGUCGUCAGGCUCAGCUAUCUCGCGUACGCCGACAACUCGUUCUUCUUCCUCAAGUCCGCCGAAGACGCGAAGGCGUAUUGGGCAGCUCGCCGUCGAUAUGAUCUUGCGUCUGGCGCCAAACUCAACGAGAAGGAGAGUUGCGUCACAGUCCUGUGGCCUCCAGGCACGGAGGGCGACUCGAUCGAGUGGAUUCAAGAGUUCUGCCAGCAUUUCAGGGUCAGAGAGGCUUCCACCUCGUUCAAAUGCCUCGGGCGCCUGCUGCGAAUGACGGCCGAGCCAGCGGAAGAUCUCAUCGUUGGUCAAGUCUCUUCGCGCCUACGCACGGGAUGGGGGCAAGCAGGCCGCUUUUUGUGCCUCUUUGGCCGCGCUCAGAUGGUCAACGAGAGGCUGCUCUCACAGAUCUGGGCCAUGUUGGAGACGAUUCCGCUGCCUCAGCCGGUCCGAGAGCUCUACACCCAAGUGCGCAGACGGCUGCAGCCUCUCUUUCGCACCAAGAACGGGCACAAAGUAACUUGGAAGAUGGUCUGCAAGCCGAAAGCACUCGGCGGCCUGGGCCUCCUGGACCCCGAGUUCAUGAUCCCGGCCACGUUCGCGAGUUGGCUCUUCCAGUCGUUGGCGAACCACGAAGGCGAAGGUGUGGCGGCCCUGAUCCGCCUGGGGUUCGAAAAGUGGCUGCUGCAGACGCACUGCAUGACACCGGCAUUUGUGAUGUACCUCAGUAGCCACGGCCACCCCCACAUCGCGAUUCGAGUGUGUACGAGGACGCGCAACAAGUUUGCUCGCUCCUUCGAGAGGAACGGCGCCACGCCGCUACAGAGUCCUGGCGAAGGCCUGUUCAGCCGCAUGCUGGAUGCUUGUUUGCGCUUUCCGAUCGCUUUCCAGGCCGACUUUGACUGGUCCACGCUCAGCCCCGCGGAGGCGGCGGCACUGCCAUGGUGGCACCCAUCCUUUGAGGUCCGAGACAUCUGGCGGACGACUUCGGGGAAAGCUAAGUAUGUGCUCACGGAGCCGAGGACGACAGGCAAGCGAAUAGUCAAUGACAGGCUCCCGACGCUGUACAAGAACGCCGCCCACCACGGUCUCCAAACGUUUGCGGACGCGUUCUGGCUCCACCCACCAUCCUCGUCGCCCUAUAUUGCAACACCUCGCAACUUUGUCCGCCACGUGGGGCCCCCGGAGAAGGCAUCCGACAUGCUCAACCACCGCGACAGGUUCCCGUUGGCGCAGGACGAGCCGAACGUGGCAGUGGACAGCUUCUGGACGCAACUACCCAGGAUCUGGGCCACGUACCUAGAAGCGCUUCCGACGGCGCUGGUCUCCAAACUUCGCGACUUCGUGCGCCUAGUUGUUUCGGACACCGCCGCUCCAGUGAGCCGCCGCCAACCCUUCCCGCUCGAUGCUGACCCGUUCCCAUGGCGUGCGGUGACGAUCGGAGGGGUGCCAAGCGCCGAUGUACGAGCACGACAACUGCGGCUACACGCUACAGCGUCGGGAGAAGUGGUCGUGCCAACUUACGCUCAGACGCCCGAGGUUCGAGGUAUGCCGCGCGUUCGCGCACACAGGCCUGACCAGCUAUCCGACUCGGAGCCAUCGUCAGACUCCGACGAGGACGAGAGCGCGCCCAGCCACACCACCACGCGCCCCGCCUCUGCAUAUGCUGCGCUGGAUUGGAAAGCGAUCUGGCCUCGUUUCCUCGAAUGGGAGCUCCCUGGUAACGCCAAAGACGCUUGGUGGCUCGUUCUGCACGGGAAGGCAGCGGUCAUCUACACGAUGGUCCAGCAUCCGCUCACAAAGUUCUGGACGCCUCGAAGCUCGCUCUGCCCUUUCUGCGCCGUCAAGCACACGUGUCAGCACGCCUACCUGGAGUGCCCCAAAGUCCGCGACGUUUGGCAGGCCUGUUGGGAACUGCUGCGACUGCUGAUGACGAGCUGCCCCGACUGGAGCGAUCUUGGGGCGACGGACGUUCUCCAAGGCUUCCCAAGUGUCGAGGCCGCGCUGCCGAUUCACCUGGUCGGCCGCUUCCGGGUCUGGUUCGCGCUGACUCUGGCUCAGCUCAGUCGAGUCUACGAGUCGCAACAACGCCGCACUCAGGCUAUCCCAGCUGCACGACUGCUACGCAAGUUGAGCGAAGUACCAGCGAUGCUGAUGCAGGACCUGCUGUCGCUCGCAAUCGGCGACGCGCGCGGCCCCGGUCGUUUUGCGCACGAGGACUUUGAGAGGCUUUGGCAGCAGGAGAACACUCUGUUUGUGUUCAGCAGCGACUCGGUUGCCCCGAGUGAGACUGCCCUGCUGCUGUACUCACGCAACAGUCAACGAUGCGAAGGACCUUCGACGCAGACCGCCGAAGACCCGGCUGGGAGCUCGGAAUGGGUAGACGCGCCGCCAGAGUCAGACAUACAGGACGAUGACACGGUGCUCUCGGUUCGGGGGGCCUUCCUUGCCAAUCUUCGAGUCCCCGACGUCCAGGAAUGGCGCACGAGAGGCCUUCUACAAUGCCGCUGCUGCCUCGUGGUUCGUAAGCAGGAGGUCAACACACUGCUAUGCGUCCAAUGCUGGCUCUGCCACUUCCCUGACGUCGCCCCAACGCUGCCUUACAACGACAGGUGGUUCCGCAGCGGCAAGAUGGUCUGCAAGUGUGGCGAGGUCGAGCACGAGCGCCAACCGACUAGGCGGGAGCUCAAGAGAGCUCGUCAGCUUGCGAGAGCGAAUGCUACGCAAUCGUCGUCUCCUGCCGCCGUGCCAGCAGCGCCGAGGCCUGUGCGUCGUUUGCCCGUGCGUCCAUCAAACAAGGGCAAAGCUCGUGCCCUCUCUCCAGACCAUGCACAGCCGGCCUCGGACUCCGACCUCGACCGGCCGGCACCUCGCCGAGACAAAGGCAAAGCGCGCGCUUUGGUGGUACAGUCGCCUGGCGAGGGCGACGCCUUUGUGCCUGACGAGAUGUCAGUCUCCGAUUCCGGUUCGUCCGCCUUUCCUUCCGACGUCUCCAUGGCUGCGCUUCUCGACGACGAACCUGGCCCUUCUCGCCGCCAGGUUCAAACCACUAUCACCUCUUUCUUCCGCCGGGCGUGA